UAACAUGCUGUAAACAAAGAGAAUGAGAAUGGAAAAGUUUGAAACGCAGCGAGUGAAAUGAACUCACUCACGAGUAGUGUGACUCUUGGACUGGAGUGAAAUUUGGGCGCCAAAAGCUAUUUUAGAAGCAGAAAAGAAGAUUCGAGAAAUGUCUGGGAAGGCGAAGAGGAGAGACGAAGACGGUGCUUCCGACGCCGACUCUGAAGGCCACGCGCCGCCCAAAAAGACCUUCAAGAAGGAUUCCGACGAGGAAUCCGACUCUAUUGUCGUCUGCGAGAUUUCUAAGAACAGGAGGGUUUCUGUGAGGAACUGGCAAGGCAAGGUUGUGGUUGACAUUCGCGAGUUUUACUCCAAGGAUGGCAAACAAUUGCCUGGCAAGAAAGGUAUCUCGUUGACCAUGGAUCAGUGGAAUGUGCUUCGCACUCAUGUUGAAGAAAUUGACAAAGCAGUCAGUGAAAAUUCUUAGGAAAUGGGCACCGUGUGUAAUUACUAAUCUACAAAAUGACAUGUUUAUACAGUAUUUUGGAUUAUUAGAACAACACUGAAGGGUUAUGUGAUGUCUAAUCACACCUUUUCUAAGCUGCUACUGCUAUUGUAGGUUUUGGAUGUCUAGCUUUGCUUAAUGGUGCCUGUAAAGUGAGCAGUUAUAUGCUAGUUUUUAUCUAUAUGCUCUGCUUCCAGUCUACUGGUGGAACAAACCUUGGAAGUGUUCUCUUAAAAUGGGAAGAAAAAACACGCAUUGAAAAA